CCGGAAGGCUGCAAGUGGGAAAAGCGCCGGCUCGGAGCUCCAGUCGCUCGAGCCCCUCCAAAGCUUCCUGGAUCUCAUGCCACCCCUUCCAGGAAGGAUCCCCACAAGCCUUCGGGGCACGCCUUUUGAUUGGUGGAGUGUCUUCCAUCCACUAGGCUCUACCCCAUGCCCUGCCGAGAUAUGCCCCCCUCAAUCCAGCCUCCCCUUCCUUAGUGGAAUCCCUCCCCUGUCUGCCUCCCUUCUUUUUCUCCACGGAUCAUCUUCGCCCCCCGCAGUCUCCUUCCACCACUGCCCGGGCCUUCGGCUCUGGAGUAAAGCAGCCCCUCCCCCCCCCUCUCCCACAGCAGCCCCUGGGCUCAAGAAGCCAUGGCUUCACGGGCCGCCGGAGGAUUGCGAGGUCGACAGCCAGAGACCGUGGUGCCCGGGGAGGCGAUUGAGACAGACUCAGCGUCGUCAUCUGAAGAAGAGGAGCUAUACCUGGGCUCUGCCCCGCUGUGCCGGGGCCGCCCCACCGGGCUGCGCGUAGCCGGGGAGGCAGCCGAGACUGACUCUGAAGAGGAGCCGGCAACCCUGGUGGCCCACGCGGAUCUGCCCCCGCUCGUGGUUGUUCGGGAACCAGAGUGGGCAGAAGAGGAGGCCCCCGCAGCCCCGGCGCUCCCUGCCUCAGCCUGGGCCUCCCUGCUCCAGCACCGGCUGGCUGAGAGCCAGGCCCGCCUGGGCCAUGACGUGAGCGCUGCCGUGCGUAGUGUGUACAGACGAGCUGGCCGAGAUGUAGCGGGCUUAGCAGCCCGCCUGGCCGCCGCGCAGGCUGUGGGCUUGGCAGCGGCCCACAGCAUCCGUCUAGCUCGCAGCGAUCUCUGCGCCCUGGCAGAGCGUCUGGACAUUGUAGCCAGCUGCCGCCUGCUGCCUGACAUCCAAGCUCCUGCUGAGCCGGGACCCAGCCCCCGGGCUUAGUGGAGUCCUGGCCCUCCUCCCCUGUGCCCUACCUCCUCUGGUUCCCAAGGUCUAGUGCCCCUGGGAUCGCUUCCGGGGGAGGCUCAGUGCAGGCUGCCCCAGCGCUCCUUGAUCCCAGGUUCAGGGGCCCCCACCGGGUUGGGGGCAGGAAAAGGCUGCCUCACUCUCUGUACCCUCACCAGGUUUCAAUAAAGUGUGUUUGGAAA